CUGAUCAGUGUAGCAUGAGACUGCUAUCUGCCUCUCAGAAACGAUGCCACACCACCUAAAACUCCGGAAAACCCUUUGUUAUCUACCUUUGAACACGACCCAGAAGGUCGUCUACCCUGACGGGCGCUUAUACAGACCGAAAGGAGGGAGCCAAGACUGAGGGGUAGAUGCAUCACCAGGAGCGAGCGCAGUAUGAAGAAAGCAGGAAGGCCAGUGGGGAAUAAGGCAGCAAGUGGAGGAGGUAAAGGUGACGCAGUGAUAGCUGGAACCUCUGCUGGCAAAAGCGCUGUUAAGAGCCCUACCACAGCUCCGCUCUCCAAGGUCAAAAGCAGUGAUGAUCUUCUAACUGCUAUGGCUGGGAGCAGUGCAGGGACAAACAGCAGUGUUGCCAAGGGCAAGAAAUCAACCUCUACUCACUCAACGUCCUGUGGAACAAACACUAAUAACCCUGACACAAAGAUCAAGACCACCUUGGGUCCAUCUGGCAAACGGACAUCAUCCACGGCCUCCAAGGAGUCAAACUCCUCUCGUGAUCGUUUGCGAAACUCCAGAAACUCCAGCAGUAAGAAGCAGUCAUCCACUGGUGCUUCUGAUCGAGCCCAGCCCAGGCAUUCCCGUGGACUAGCCCAAACCUCAGACUCAGAGAGCCGCAUGAGCAAAUCAAAGUCUGACGGACAGCUAAGUGAUAAAGUGGCCCUGGAGGCCAAAGUAAAAAAUCUGUUAGGUCUGGCCAAGAGCAAAGACGUGGAAAUCCUGCAGCUACGGGGUGAGCUGAGGGACAUGAGGGUUCAGCUGGGACUGCCUGAGUGCGAGGUGAAGUGCCCAUCUGGCAAACGGACUUCAUCCACGGCCUCCAAGGAGUCAAACUCCUCACGUGAUCGUUUGCGAAACUCCAGAAACUCCAGCAGUAAGAAGCAGUCAUCCACUGGUGCUUCUGAUCGAGCCCAGCCCAGGCAUUCCCGUGGACUAGCCCAAACCUCAGACUCAGAGAGCCGCAUGAGCAAAUCAAAGUCUGACGGACAGCUAAGUGAUAAAGUGGCCCUGGAAGCCAAAGUAAAAAAUCUGUUAGGUCUGGCCAAGAGCAAAGACGUGGAAAUUCUGCAGCUACGGGGUGAGCUGAGGGACAUGAGGGUUCAGCUGGGACUGCCUGAGGAAGAUGAGGAGGACGAGAGGCCACCUGAGAGGGAGGCGGCUGCAGUGAUCACAGCUGCAGAUGUGGAGUCGACGUUGCUGCUCCUGCAAGAGCAGAACCAGGCCAUCCGUGGAGAGCUCAACCUGCUUAAGAAUGAAAACCGUAUGCUAAAGGACCGCCUCAAUGCUCUUGGCUUUUCCCUGGAGCAAAGACUGGAUGGGGCUGAGAAAACCUUUGGCUUUCCCUCCGCCAGUGCUGAACUUGCCUCCUCUGGAGGUGGUGGAGGUCAUGGAGACUGUGCUACUGCGGCCUCCUCUGUGGAGGGAUCCGCACCAGGCUCCAUGGAGGACCUCCUUACGGGAGGCCAGCGAAGUGGCUCAACGGACAACCUGGACAGCGAGUCCAGUGAGGUCUACCAAGCGGUGACCUCCAGUGACGACGCUUUGGAUGCUCCCUCAGGCUGCGGCUCCUCGUCAUCAUCUGAGUCAGAAGGUGGCGCUCCAGCAUGUCGCAAUUCCUCUCGUAAGGGGAGCAGCGGAAACACCAGCGAGGUGUCAGUGGCGUGCCUUACAGAGCGCAUUCACCAGAUGGAGGAAAACCAACACAGCACGGCUGAGGAGCUCCAAGCGACUCUACAGGAACUGGCUGACCUGCAACAGAUCACGCAGGAACUAAACGGCGAAAAUGAACGCCUGGGAGAGGAAAAGGUCCUGCUUAUGGACUCCCUCUGCCAACAGAGUGACAAACUGGAGCACUGUGGCCGUCAGAUAGAGUAUUUCCGCUCCCUUCUGGACGAGCACGGCGUGACCUACUCAGUAGACGAAGACAUCAAGAGUGGCCGAUACCUGGAGCUAGAGCAACGCUAUGUGGAGCUUGCAGAAAAUGCUCGUUUUGAGCGCGAGCAGCUCUUGGGUGUGCAGCAACAUCUGAGCAAUACUCUAAAGAUGGCUGAGCAGGAUAAUGCCGAGGCUCAGAGUGUGAUCGCAGCACUGAAGGAGCGCAACCAUCACAUGGAGCGACUUCUAGAGGUGGAAAGGCAGGAGCGGGCCGGCAUGGUGGCAGUUCUGGAGGAGUGUAAAGCUGCGGUCAGCAACGACCAGACUGAGCUGAGCCGCUGUCGGGCGUUACUUGAGCAGGAGAGGCAAAAGGUUGCAGAGCUUUACUCCAUCCACAAUGCCGGAGAUAAGAGCGACAUCCACCAGCUUCUGGAGGGGGUUAGACUGGACAAGGAAGAAGCUGAAGCCAAAGCCGCCAAACUACAGGACGAUUUGGGCCACGCUCGCAAUGAGGUGGCAUGUCUGCAGGACACCAUCAACAAGCUGGACGCUGAGUACAGGGACUUCCAAAGCGAGGUGCAGAAAGAGUUAACCGAGCAGAAGAGGGCUCUAGAGAAGCAGCGUAAGGACCUGCAGGAAAAGGAGACGGAGAUUGGAGACAUGAAGGAGACCAUUUUUGAGCUCGAAGAUGAAGUGGAGCAGCACCGAGCUGUCAAACUUCAUGACAACCUCAUCAUCAGCGACCUAGAGACUGAGCAUCUACUAAGAGCAGCCAACGGCAGCCGUCCUGCUUCAGCUCUUCAGAGAGUCUCAAACAUGGACACAUCAAAGACUAUCACAGCACGCAGCCGCCUUCGAGAGGAGCGAAAAGACCCUCUGUCAGCUUUGGCUCGUGAAUAUGGUGGUUCCAAAAGAAAUGCACUGCUGAGGUGGUGUCAGAAGAAAACCGAGGGUUAUCAGAACAUCGACAUUACCAACUUUAGCAGCAGCUGGAAUGAUGGAUUGGCUUUCUGCGCUGUCCUUCACACGUACCUGCCUGCUCAUAUACCCUAUCAAGAGCUCAACAGUCAGGACAAGAGACGAAAUUUCAGCCUGGCCUUCCAAGCAGCAGAAAGUGUGGGAAUCAAGUCCACUCUGGACAUCAAUGACAUGGUCCAUACAGAAAGACCAGACUGGCAGAGUGUUAUGACUUACGUCACCUCUAUCUACAAGUAUUUUGAGACCUGAGCACAUGUACUUUUAUAAAUUGUCAAACCAAUGCAACAGAUUAUCACCAACUAACCUGAGUGCAACAUCCCACCAUAUCAUAUAAGCCUAAUCCUAGCACAAAGUCAUAUUAAACUGAUCACAGUUCAGUUAGCAUAUGCUGAUAUGGCAUCGAUAUGUCAAAGAAAAUCCUCUACAGUGGAGCCACUAAUGCAGAAUCCGUUUGCAUUGAUAAUGCUGAGUGACUAACACUACAGACUACAGCUAGUUACUAAUUCUUAGUGUGGAUGAUCGGAGACUGAGUCUUAAGGAACAGCGUGGACCCGCUUGCGACCCCGUGCCUUUCACCACCCUGAGUUCUUGCUUCCAGACAGGCAUUUGGAGCAAGUUCUUCACCUUAAUUCACAGCCGUGCAACAAUGGAGCUCGAGACGUGCGGAUUGCUCGAAGCAGUGCCUAAUUGAAACACUUCAUUGGAGAAGCACUUCAGUAGCGGAGUAUUGUACACUAAUAGGAGUUAUUCACUAUAGCACACAAUCAGUGGUUAAACUUUUUUUUUUUUACAGGACUGUUUUAAAAGCUCAUCGAGGGCACAUUAUGUUACGACUGUGAUGGAUCUUGGCUUGAAAUACUACAUAUUAAAUAGGGAGGUCAGCAAUAAGCUUAUGUAACCCGUUGAGCCAUUUCAUAUGACAUUAGUGCUGCUUACCAACAGUAUGAUACUGUAGUAAACACUACAUUCAGAUUAGCAGCACGUGUGCAUGUACUGUCCAGU